AUGUUCUAUUUUCCAAUCACUGAUGAUGCGAAAAGCCAGAGCCAGAGCCAGAGCCAGAGCCAGAGCCAGAGCCAGAGCCAGAGCCAGAGCCAGAGCCAGAGCCAGAGCCAGAGCCAGAGCCAGAGCCAGAGCCAGAGCCAGAGCCAGUGCCAGAGCCAGAGCCAGAGCCAGAGCCAGAGCCAGAGCCAGAGCCAGAGCCAGAGCCAGAGCCAGAGCCAGAGCCAGAGCCAGAGCCAGAGCCAGAGCCAGAGACAGAGCCAGAGCCUUUCGAUGAAUUUCUUCUCAUCAGCAGCAGCAGCAGCAGCUUUGCGCAAUUGUGUGGAGCAGUCACACACAACAUUGUGUGUGUAUAUGAGUGCCGCGCACGACUGUAGCACGCGGUUCACCCAUACUAGCGCGCCCCGUGAGUCCGUGUCACUUCGCUCCGUUGGAGCUGCGAAGUGGGCCGCGGAUAGCAGCAGGCACAGUGUGUGA